AUGGCGAAUUGUAGAAAUUACCAAGCUAAGUGUGAGUUUGAAACACUAGCCCACCUGCAGGGCUGGACAGGACCGGCCCUCUUCAGGUUGACGGAUCUAAAAGGCUCGGAGUCGGAUGUGUUUCUGCCUGGCCUGUGGGUGGCGCUGCACGUGGUUUGCAUCAAUACGUUUGUGCUCCAUACGCUGCAGAACCAGGGCUCGGUGAGGAGAGUGAAGCUGAGUGACUUCACCAGGGCUUUGAGUUCUCAGCUCGUGGUGGAUCCCGUGGUGGUGCCGGUGCCUGCGCUGCCCCGGCUGCACAGCUCCUACCAGGACGGGCCGUUCACGGACGGGGCCAAUCACAGUUCUGAUGACACAAAACGUCGUAUUCCGGUUCAGAAGAUCGAGGCGCUUCCGAAGACUCAGCCUGGGGUCUGUGGUCUGGACAACUCUGGAAACUCCUGUUACCUCAAUGCAAUCUUCCAGUGUCUCUGCUCCACGGUGCCCCUAGUGGAGUAUCUGCUGCACCACGAGACCCGGAAAGAGAUCAGCAGAUGUAAGCGUGGCGUGGCAGAGGUGUUUGGUCGCCUCCUGGAGCAGAUGUGGCUGGGCCGGGCGACGCGCUGUGCUCCUGUGGAGGCGCGGGCCGUGCUCUGCUCCGUCCUGCCCCAGUUCAACAACCAACUGCAGCAGGACGCCCAAGAGCUGCUCAUGUACUGCAUCAACGCGCUGCACGAGGACCUGAAGAAGCUUCCCUGUGGUCAGAGAAGGAGCAGGGAGGGUCUUCGCUCCGACAGCACGGUGGUCUCUCGUCUGUUCGAAGGCCGUCUGAGCGGAGCCACUCUGUGUUUGCACUGUGACCACCAGACGCUCAGCUUGCAGCCCUUCACCAUCCUGUCCCUGCCCAUCCCCACACACCUCAUCUCCUGCUCCAUACAGGACUGCCUGUCCCUGUUCUUCUCCCAGAGCGUGCUGAGUGGAGGGGAGCAGACCUGGUGCUCUGAGUGCAGCCUGAAGACUGAGACGGCUGUGGUCACCUACCUGGACCACCCCCCAGACAUCCUCAUCCUGCACCUAAAGAGCUACCCCUCCCUCGAAGACCCCAAACCUGCAGCUCCUCCACAACCGGAGCCGCCAGUCGUCCCCGCAGUGGUGGAGCCUUCGGUCCCUGUGGUGCUGAACGGAGUGGCCCCUGUCUCUCCUCCUCCUCAGACCUCCUCAAGGCCCGAGCUACAGAACACUGUGGACGCUGCGGUGAUGGGCCCAGAGCUCAGCAAGAGCUCAGCCACACGUCCGGAGAGCCAGGCCCCUGUCACCACCACCACUGCUGCCACCGCCUUCCCACAGUUCGACCGCACCAAGAAGCCGUCAGUGAGAAUUGUGGAGACUCCGAGACCCAGCAUUAACGGCACCAAAGACUUAGCCCAAAACGGCGUCGUGAUCCCGGACCGCUCCGUCAAACCGUCUGCAACUGUGAGCAGAGAGGAGCCGAGCGACGAGCAGGAGCUGAAGGAUCUGAAGGACCUGAAGGAGCGUAUGGAGCGGGACCCGAGUGACGAGGAGAGGAGAGAGCGGAGGCGACUGGAGCGUCAGAGGGGCGAGGAGGCGGAGGACAGGACGACGCAAGGCCGAGGGAAGGACACCAACGCAGACACGCCUUCAAAAAGCAUGUCCCUCGACUCGCCCGCCCCAAACCACAUUGUCAGCGAGAUCAAGAGGGAGCAGCUGACCAGAGCGAGGAGUGAAGAGAUGGGGCGUAGUAUUCCUGGUCUACCUGUGGGAUGGAUGAAGUUUCUUGACACAACAACAGGAACAUACCGCUACUACCACUCGCCAACAAACAUGGUCCACCUCUAUCCACCAGAGGUCACUGUUCCCCAGACCCCGCCCUCCACCCCUCCCACCGUCAAACCCAAACCCAAAACUGUCGAUCCGGAAGCAAAGAUCGAGCGGGAACGAGAGCAGUCCAAGUUGAAGCGCUCGUACUCUUCCCCGGACAUCAGCCAGGACCUGAGAGAGGAGGCGCAGAAGAAGGUCGUGGCUCCCAUCACAGCUGCAGUCGUUCCCACAGUCAACAGAGAAACCAAACCCACUGCCACUAAAGUCUACCAGAAAGUGGAAAUUGUGCGACCGUCUGCGGCCAAACUCAGAAACUUAAACCCGACGUUUGGGGGUCUGGGAGCGUCUUUGACCGGACUCCGAAACCUGGGAAACACCUGCUACAUGAACUCCAUCCUCCAGUGUCUCUGCAACUCUCCCGCCUUGGCUAACUACUUCAACAACAACUGCUACAUGGAUGACAUCAACCGGUCCAAUAUCCUGGGACACAAAGGGGAGGUGGCUGAGGAGUUCGGGGUGAUCAUGAAGGCGCUGUGGGCCGGUCUGUACAAGUGCAUCAGCCCCAGAGACUUCAAAAUCACCAUCGGCAAAAUCAACGAACAGUUUUCCGGUUACGACCAACAAGACUCGCAGGAGCUCCUGCUGUUUCUGAUGGACGGACUUCACGAGGAUCUCAACAAGGCUGACAACAGGAAGCGUUACAAGGAGGAGGAGAACGACCACCUGGAUGACCAGUCUGCGGCGGACCUGGCCUGGAGUAAACACAAGGCCCUGAAUGAGUCCAUCAUCGUGGCUCUGUUCCAGGGGCAGUUCAAGUCCACGGUGCAGUGUCUCACCUGUCACCGGAAGUCCAGGACCUUCGAGACGUUCAUGUACCUGUCGCUGCCCCUGGCCUCCAGCUCCAAGUGCUCCCUGCAGGAUUGUCUCAGACUUUUCUCCAAAGAGGAAAAACUCACGGACAACAACAAAGUGUUCUGCCGACACUGCAAAGCUCAUCGCGACUCCACCAAGAAACUGGAAAUCUGGAAAGUCCCGCCCAUUCUGCUGGUGCACCUGAAACGUUUUUCAUACGAGGGCCGGUGGAAGCAGAAGCUGCAGACCUCUGUGGACCUCCCUCUGGACUGUCUGGACCUGAGUCAGUACGUCAUCGGACCCACGCAGAGUCUGAAGAAGUACAGCCUUUACGGCGUCUCUAAUCAUUACGGGGGCCUGGACGGCGGACACUACACGGCCUACUGCAAGAACGCCACCAAGCAGCGCUGGUACAAGUUUGACGACCACGAGGUUUCCGAGCUCUCCACCUCCGCCGUCAAAUCCUCUGCCGCUUACAUCCUGUUCUACUCCACUCUCUGA